ACCGGAUGUCCGGUGCCGGAAGUGACUUUGUUGUUUUUUCGGAAAUUUACUUCCUCUUCUUUCGGACUUUUAAUGAGGAGGUAUCACUCCGCCAGAAAGUAGAGACCUGUGUACGUGUUUCGUGUUUCCAACACAGAUUACAUGGUGGUGUCGUGUUUCCCCAACGCCAUCAUCGCCAACGUGCCUGAGUGUCCUUACGGCUGGGAGAUUGAGCAGCUGUCCCUGGGCGGCGUCUGCUCCAGUGGCGUGCACGGCUCAGGCUACUACCGCUUCCUCAUCCCCGACCUGACACCCAGGAACCACUCCUACUGCGGCACCCAGUCUGAGUACAUCCCAGGCAAAGACCCCAAGUACGUCUUCUACAACUGGGUGGUGUCCAACGACACGUCGCUGACUCUCCGGAACCAGCCGGUCAACUACACCUUCAGCUGCGUGUACCCAGCCUCCUACCUGGUCAACAACGCCGUCUUCAGCCAGAGUGUUUGGACUCCACCGUCUGCUUCUUCCAGAGUGGCGACCGUCUACGUCAGCAACGGCACCUCAGGCACGUUUAUGUCCCAGUUGUCUCUGGGUGUGUUCACGAACGCCAAGUUUUUGUACGCCAAGGAGGCGCCCUACGUGAUCGACACCUCCGAGAUCGGCUCGGACGUCUUCAUCGGCGUGGAGGCCAAAGGACUCAGCGGCAGGUUCAAAGUGGUCAUCGCCAACUGCUGGGCCACGCCCACACCUUACUCCACCGACAGGAAGAGGUGGAGCCUCAUCAUCAACAGCUGCCCGUCUGACGACACGGUCAGCAUCUUCGAGAACGCCAAGGAGGGACGCUCCACCUUCAAGUUCCGCUCCUUCCGCUUCCAGGGCCAGAACAAGGUGUCCACGGUCUGGCUGCACUGCCAGGUCCACGUGUGCGACGGCGAGAGGCUCGUCUGUCAGGCCGGUCCAUGUCCAGCCAGCAGACUGGCAUGGAAGUCGGAGCCAAAGGGCGGGGUCCUCACAGCAGAGUUCUCCAUUAAAGGUGACGGAUCCUCCGGCCAUGGACACCUAACAGGCGUGUCCCCCGCCCUCCUGCUGCUUGCCCUCACAAACACGUGCCGCCUUUCACUCGCCCUUUACGUGGACCGAGCGCUGUGAGGCAGGUCAGCUCACACUCGCCGCCAACGAGUCCUGGCGGGACUUGUGACGCGCCGACAGAGUCCCACGGCAUUCGUAAAAAGUCCUUCUCAAGCUCAGCAAUAAAACGAUUGAGCAGCUUUUAUUGGCUUUUGCUUGGCAGCGGACUUGAAGACACAUUUUGGCCAAUCAGAUUGAUGUGUGUCUCAUCAAAACUUAUAGUGUGUGUGGACAGCCAGGAACAACAACAUGUAACAAUACAUCAACUCUUUAGUGCUGAAAUGGCACAUAGAUUAAACCUACUUCCUGU